AUGAAGGUGACCGUCAAGAAUCAUGGUAAUGAAGUCUGCGUUAUCGAAGUGUUUAACUUUGAUACAUUGUUAGCUAUCAAAGAGAAGAUAGAGAGGAAUCUAGGUAUUCCUGUUUCCAAACAAACCCUUUUCUUUAAAGGCAAGCUUCUUCUUCAAGACCACCUUAAUGCUGCACAAUGUAAGAUCGUCAACAAUUCUAGUCUCGAACUAUUCUCCUCUUCUUACCGUUAUAACCCUAAUCACAACAACGACGAUCAAGUUCUUCAUCAAACCCAGCAAUCUCCAGCACCGUCAAACUUAACCCGUCAGAUCAUUCACGGUCAUCAAGAUUGGCCGGUGAUGGUGAGGAGCAGCAACAAUGAAUCAUCACUGCCGUCAAAUCUGAGUGGAGAGUUACUUGGUACUCAAGAUGUUUUGCCGCCUGUGACGGUUGGGAGCAGCAGUUACAGGAGUGAAGCUGUUCGAACCGAGAAAUCUCCAGUGACAUCAGAUUCAGUUGAAGAGUUCCUUGGUCAAGAUUGGUCUAAGAUAACCCUAAAGAACAACAACAAUGAACCACUAUCGUUACGUGAAGUAGAAGAGUUACUUGGCCUUCAAGAUACUUUGCCGCCUGUGCAAUCUUCAACGUCAGACUCAGUCAAGGAGAUCAUUAACAUUCCAGGUUCUCCUGUGAAGAAGAAGAUCAAGAUCAUCCCGUUCCCGUCGAUAAAGCUGACAGUAUUCGUGCAGCCAUUUGAAGAGACCAGAAAGAUUCGAAUGGAGGUUAACACAAAUGAUAGAAUUAAAGAACUGAGGAAAGAGCUGGUUGAGAUGCAAAAGAGGGGUGAGUUAGAUCUGCCUCACCAAGGGUAUUUCUUUGUUCACAAACUGAAACCAUUGGCCGAAACUAUGACAUUCUUCUGGUACGGUGUUGCUGAGGGCGAUACAAUUGAGAUUUCCCGCACAGCUGGUUAUCCAUGA